AUGGAUCAAACUGGAAGAAAUAAGACAAAGUACAAUUCCCCACAUUCGUCCACUACAUGGUCUACUAAACAAACUGCUGAUGCUAGAGUUUCGCCUGACCCUUGUUGGAAGUAUGCUCAAAGAAGUAAUCAAGAUGCCACUGAUAAAAACACCAGACGCCAUCAGAUCUCUAUGGCGGAACCAACAGUAAAUUAUUAUCCCAUCGAGAAUUCUUACAAGAAUGUGAAACAUCACAAUCAUCCGUGUUCGACAUACCCAAAACAUUCUUCCGCUCUUCGCACGGAGACGUCACAUCGAUAUCAACAAACUAGCGCGAAAUCCAGCAGAAACAAAGAUUACGCUAACAACGCCGCUGUCAUGAAAAAAGAUCGGUUUAAGAACCAAGAGGACGAGAACAAUGCAGUAUAUGUUGACGAUGAAUUAGGAAAUUAUACGGAAGACAAUUUAGAGGACGACGCUGAAGAGGAAGUUACGGAGACGGGAAAUGAUCAAGAGAGGGCCGUUGAAUCUCUCGAUAAGGAGUAUGAUGAACAAGAGGUGGACGACGAGAUAGACGAAGAAUCUGAUGUGCCCGCCGAACCGCAAACAAUGCAACGAGAUGCAGCCAAAAAAGAGGCGUUACUGCGAGCGCAGCAACGAUUGCGAACAAUUAAUCAUCAACAAGAUCCGCAUAGGAUUCAUUACCGUCAACAUUCACCGAGACUGCAUCAAGCUCAUACUUUGGCAACAAGGUACUACAACAUACCCGAUCACGAUAUCCACGAAGCGUUGUCGGAGGAGGAUCUGUACGUCGCGGAGGCAUUGAAAAGUCCUCCGCGGAGAUCAUCAGCGGGCUAUCAUCAAAAUUGGAUUCCGUCGAGGAGUUCGGCCGAUCGAUAUGACACGACGACCACGCCGACUCAGCUGAGUCGCCGAGCACGGCCGAGGCCGGAAUCGAAGUCCUUUAUGGAGGUAGAAUUCGCCGACAGAAGGAAGUGCAGCCGUUGCGGCAGUAUUUCGAUCAGGAAGCCACCGAGUUCGAGGAGAAAUAACUAUAAAUUUCAGGAUACCUCUGCUUUUCCGACUAAGGGACGUUUUGGCGACGAUGCCGAGAUUCUCGAUCAGUUUUGGUGCGGUCAUUGCAAGCCGAGGCAUUAUGUUGAAGAAAGUAUGAGACCUAGUGAAAUUCCAUCACCGGCUUUGUACACCAUGAAAUCGAGACGCUCCAGGGACACCGGCACACCAAUGCACGAAACAUUGGAGGGGAAAUGUGCGAUGGACGAGUUAUCGCAUGGAUACACGCGAAUUCCUCUCAGAUAUGCCAAAGACACUGUCUUACGCGACAGAAUCAGACAGCAGUCAGUACAGAGCCCAACUAAGACGACCGUUCGUUACGAUUCUUAAACAAAAAAUUGAGAAGAUUGACGUUAUACGGAUGAAAUAUGUAAAUUUUCUUACUGCGGAUAAGCUGUCUUCAAACAAGAUUCACGCGAAACUUCAAGCAAGAAUUGAAAACUCGUUUUGUUCGACAAUAACAACCUCCGAAAUGAAAUUUUGUAUCCUGAUUUUAGAAAUGCCCAGUUGCACGUGAACAUAUAAUAUUAACCGGUCAGAAAAGUCUUUAAAGAGAAUGUCAGGUAUCCUUUUGUGCUUCACAAAGAAAAAAGAUAUUUACGCGCGAGCGAAGAUUUCCGGAAUAUGAAAAUUGUUACUUUGAGACUACCUUUCAUUGAAUCGUAGUGUUAGAUACUUCGAAUGACGAGGAGCCUAAAGAGAUCCGUAGAAAUAAAAAUUAUCGAGAGAUGAUACAGUAGACCCAUACAUAACGAGAGAUGACAUUACAAUGUAACAAUCACAAAUGCUACGGUAAUACUCUUAUUCACAGUCAUUUCCCUCCUACCGGUUGUCCAACAUAUAUUUUUGUAACUGUCUUUCUCGAAUCGUGUAGAUGUACUCUGUGUACCAUGAUAAGAAAAUUAUGCUGUGACGGCACGAGAAAUUAGUCGCGAGUGUACAUAAGAAGGAAAAAUAAUAGGUAAACGAGCAAAACAAAUAGAGCUAAAGCGAUUU